GCCCGGCCCAGAGCCCCAGGAGCCCGCUCGGCCCGCUCGCGGGAGCCCAGCGCCGCCGGCGGGAUCUGCCCGCCACACGGCUGCCGCCAGCGCCCGGGUCACGUAAGCAGCGCGCAAAGGCCCUGUGGGAAAACGGUCCCUUCCUGUCGCGGCUGUUGGCGGGGGUGACAAGCCGGGCUGUGCGAAGCGGCUGCAGCCCUUCCCUGAGGACCCCGCCUCCUUCCUGCCCUGCCCGCAGCCCUGGCGGGGACUCUGGCAGUGCCUGGCUCUACUCGGGGUGCGGGGUCCGGGACGGCAUCGCCACCGCGCUCGCCGAUGAGCAUCCAGCCUGGGCAAGACGGGGACCCCCGGACCGCACGGGUUCAGGCCUCCUGCCCUCGGGAGGAGAUGUGAAUUAGAAAUCGCUGUGUGAUAACCGCAGAGACGCCUAGCCAGGGGCCGGGUCAGGAAUGACGCCAGAAACCGCAAUUGAAUUAUAGACUUAAAAUAGUGAACCAGGUGUGGUGGCACGCCGGGAACCCCUCAGCUGGGAGGCUGAGACGGGAGGAUGGGAAGUUAGAGUAGAAGGUGGAGCCCCUCGGGGCAGUUUCAGCCUGGGCAAUUAAGCAAGAUCUUGACCUUACAAGGGGGUGGGGGCAUCCCCAGUGCUAAAGAGUGCGUGGGGGCGUAUACCUAUGGAGAGGCGCCCAGAGCCUGCACAUACGCUGAGCAUUUCCUGAAAAGCUCUCUUCUAGAACAAUCGAUGGAGGCGUUGAAGAAAUCAGCCGGGUUCCUGAAGGCCAUGGUUAGCAAGAGCACUCACUGAAGGCCCUCUCAAGUGCUGCCUGUCAGCCUCGCCUCCUAGAUUCCCAGCGCUCUGGACCAGGCGGAGCAGAAAACCGUGCCCGCGCUGGUCAUGCGGGGCUCUUACUCUGAUGGCUGCUCCUCAAGGUCAACGUUGGGUCCACUUCCAGUGUCCAGGCUGGCAGGGUUAGCUCUGAGCCCAGCACAAUGGCAUCGUCGCCCCCCGACCCAGUGUGUCGCUCACAGUCCAAGAAGCCCAUGGGCAGGAUUGUUGACUGGUUCAGGCAAGCCCUGCUGAAGAAGCCCAAGAAUGUGCCUACAGCCUCAGAAAGCUACUCCAGUGGCGACUCUCAGCUGGCCUCGCAGGACAGCGCCCAGCCACCACCGAGCCUCAGCUCAGUCAGGUCUUCUUCUCUGCCACCAACACACGUGGACACUAGCAGCAGUGGCCGCUGGAGCAAGGACUACGACGUGUGCGUGUGCCACAGCGAGGAGGACCUGGCUGCUGCCCAGGAGCUGGUCUCCUACCUGGAAGGCAGCUCUGCCCAGCUGCGCUGCUUCCUGCAGCUGCGGGACGCUGCCCCAGGCGGGGCCAUCGUGUCUGAGCUGUGUCAGGCGCUGAGCAGUAGUCACUGCCGCGUGCUGCUCAUCACUCCAGGCUUCCUCUGUGACCCGUGGUGCAGGUACCAGAUGCUGCAGGCCCUGACCCAGGCCCCAGGCGCCGAGGGCUGCACCAUCCCCUUGCUGUCUGGUCUGACGAGAGAUGCCUACCCCGCUGAGCUCCGGUUCAUGUACUACGUGGACUGCAGAGGCCCAGAUCAGGGCUUCCACCAAGUCAAGGAAGCUGUGAUGCGCUAUCUGCAGACGCUCAGUUGAAGCUUCUUGUGUGGUCAUGGGACGCAGCAAGUAGCAGUUAAACUGGAAACACCUCCUACAUGGCUGUGCACUCCAGGAGAGAUGACAGAGGUCCAGUGUCUGCACUGCUUUGUAUGUGACCCGGGCAUCAGACUGUCCUCGGGCUUCCAUUAUUAUCGGCUCCGCAGGAAAGCCACAGGGACAUUGGGGACUCCCCCAGGAAGGCCAGAAGGAUGUUGGGGACUUCCCCAACAAGGCCAGGAGGAAGCUGGGGACAUCCCCAAGAAGGACAGGAGGAAGCCAGAAAUUGAAGGUCAUGAGAAGUGGUGCUGAUACGUGGAGGAGCAGCCGUGUUUGCCUUGCUGCCUGGCUGGGCAGGAAGCCUGGGCCACACCCGCCCUCCUCCCUGAAUGGGGCACCAGUGUGGACAGCCUCCUUCUCGGGAUGAGCUGGAAGCUUAAGUUGCAGCCUCAGCGUAAAGCCUUUUCCAGCUGCCUGGGGAAGCCCUAGAACAGGCACUGGGAGAAAGCAACAGAUGCCGAGUCCUUCACGCCCACACUACUGCUGUCCUCUAUCCCAGAGACGAUAACUUGCUUCCAAAAGCUAGGUGGAAGUGCGUUCAGCAUUGCACUGUAUUUUAUUUUUGCAUGAUUGCCACUGAAGAUGCAAGCCUAGAGCUGGGAGAAGCCCAGUGGCAGAGUGCACGCGUAGCAAGUCUGAGGCCCUGGGUUUCAGCCCCAGUAAUAAGAAUUUAAAACAGAAAACAGUGCAAACCUAUGAGUCAUUCUGAAUGUACUGGAAAGCGGAGGGACCAGGUGGAGUGACGAGAAGGAAGCUGGAGCUCAGGGCUCAGCCCCUUCGCCUGGGUCAGAGCCCACUGACCCUUGACAACCCAAGGCCUCAUCCCUGGGCCCAAGAGAGCCAAGGCGCUCACCACAGCUGUCUUCACCUUUGGACUGAGAGCAGUCAGCAUUUUUCUUCUGGGAGAAGCCUGUGUUCUUCGUAGGACAGCAGGUUUCCUGCAUUUGUCCUCAGUAUGUUUGUUGUUGAACUGAAUUCGUUCCUCUCCCAGGGUGCACUUUUAUGCCCCCUUUUCUCACAUUCCCCAUCACAUCCCUCCUUAG